AUGCCUCAUCGUAGAGACCCAGAACACCAGGAACACUCCCAGGCCACCGUAGUCGCACAGUUUUGCGACUACCAACCAGAAAAGUUUUCCGGCCAAGGAGAUCCUUGUAUAGUAGAUGAAUGGAUUAAGGGCCUCGAGAUGAUUUUCGAGGUCAUGGAUUGCCCUGAUCAGAAGUAUUAUCCCUCGUAUUACCGUGCAGACAUGGAGCGCCAGUUCUUGGCACUCAUCCAGGGUACUCGUACUGUUGACGAGUACGAGAGAGAAUUUACCCGUCUCGGAGCCUUUGUACCUGACCUUGUAGGUACGGAGGCGAAGAGAGCUCAUCGUUUCACCGACGGACUUCGCCCAGCAGUCCGCCACAACAUCGUGGGUCACGGCGUUCAGACCUACGCCCGUACAAAUGUCUUGUGGGCCAGAACAUCUGUUUCCUUUGCCGCCAGCCAGGCCAUAUCAGCCCCAACUGUCCCGAACGACAGCAACAACAACCACAACAACGUCAACCACUGCAACAACCUCAACAACAGCAGCCCAGGCAGUAGCCACCACGACCCCAGCAACAGCCACGCGGCAGAUAGCAGUGAUAACGGAUCGUGUCUUUACUCUAUUCGGUG